UCACCCUCCCUACUUCAGCGUCUUCAGUCUGCUCCUUGCGAGCGGGGGGCCUCGCGUUACCGCUCAUGCAUCCUUUGAAGAUCAGAGGAGAGUCUUGACAGAGGAGCAGCACAUGCGUCCUGACUACCGAGGAACACAUAACGAGGAUUAGGAGGGUGGCUGAAGAGGAAGUAACUCGGCUAACAGACAAGAAAGGUGUGUCGAGAGCAAAAGCUCACGACAGCAACGGAAAACGCGCUGUGCCAGCCGGGAAUCGAACCCGGGUCUGCACCGGGCACA